AUGAAACCAGUACAAACUUAUCUUUUCCUCUACAAUUUGCUUCAAUUCUUUGGCUGGAGUGUAAUACUGAUAAAAACGGUUGCCAAUUUGAUUAUUAUUCGCUGUUAUAAUUCAGUGGAAUUCGAAUUGCAGAUUUUCCAAACAGCAGCCAUACUUGAGGUGAUCCAUGCAGCAUUAGGAUUUGUUCGUUCACCUGUUGGGACCACGGCAAUUCAGGUUUAUUCGCGUGUAUCGAUUGUGUGGCUCAUACUGUAUAAAGUCAUUUCCACUCGGAGCAGUAUAGGUGUGCCGAUGUUGUUAUUUGCUUGGUCUCUUACUGAAGUUAUACGUUAUUCUUUCUAUGCAUUGACAUUACUCAAGUGUGUUCCACAGUUUCUCACUUGGUUGCGGUAUUCACUAUUCAUUGCACUUUACCCGCUGGGAGUUUCUGGUGAAUUGUUGUGUAUUUUCGCUGCAUUUAAUGAGGUUUCUAUAAAGAAACAUUUCACAUUAGAGAUGCCGAAUAUGUUCAAUAUUGCUUUCUCAUUCUGGUGGUAUCUAGUUUUUAUGGUUCUUUUAUACAUUCCAGCUUUUCCAAAACUCUAUUGUUAUAUGCUUGCACAGCGCAGAAAGGUUCUUGGUGUUGAAGCAAGCAAAAAACGUGAAUGA